AUGCGCUCUAGAAGCGCUUUACACAUUGUUUCUUCGGUAAUUUGCGCCGUUGUCAUCAAGAUCUUUGCUGGCCCUCGAACCAACGUGGGGAGGAUCACUGGGCGUGCUGGAAGUCCUUCACGUCCAGCCCUUGCGUGCAAGCGCACAGCCCAUGGCAGCCGGUGGCUACGUGCUCGGACUACGGUCCCGUUCGGGCUCGAAAAGGGUCGGGAUGUGGGGUACUCGGGCUUCGCCAGCCUCGGGUGGACGAGAGUCCGUUCGGUCGUCCUCCUUGACGCAUUGAGCGUCGAGAUGCGCUGUAGAAGCGCUUCAGAACAUUGCUUGGUUGGUGCCUUGCACUGCGACCUCCAGGAUCUCCGCUGGCCCUCGAAUCGACGUUGGGAGGAUCACUGGGCGUGCUGGAAGUCCUUCACGUUCGGCCCUCGCGCGCAAGCGCACAGCAGCUGGCAGCCGGUGGCCACGCGCUGUCCGGGCGAUGAGCUCGAAAAGGGUCGGGAUGUGGAGUGCUCGGGCUUCGCCAGCCUCGGGUGGACGAGAGUCCAUUCGGUCGUCCUCCUCGACGCAUUGAGCGUCGAGAUGCGCUCUAGAAGCGCCUCAGAACAUUGCCUGGUCGGUGUCUUGCACUGUGAUCAACAGGAUAUUCGCUGGCCCGCGAAUCGACGUGGGGAGGACCACUGGGCGUGCUGGAAGUCCUUCACGUCCAGCCCUUGCGCUUGA